GCGGCGCGAGCGGCUUGCAGCGCAAGUUCCGCCCGCCUGCGCCCCCGGUGGCGCCCGGCGAGCAGAACGCCAUCGUGCGGGCGUCGCGCAAGCCGCUGGUGGUCUUGGCCUCCAUGAUCGACAAGACGCCCAACCUGGCCGGGCUGUGCAGGACAAGCGAGGUAUUCCACUGCGAGGCGCUCUGUCUCGCCAACGCGAAGAUCGCCAAGGACCCAACCUUCCAGUCGAUCUCGGUGACCGCAGAGAAGUGGCUGCCGAUCCAGCAGGUCCCCCGCGCCGCGCUGCGGGAGAAGCUGGUCGAGCUGAGGCGCAGGGGCUACGCGCUCGUGGGCGUGGAGCAGACGCACACGAGCGUCCCGCUGGACGAGUGGCGUUUCGCGCCGCAGACCGCGCUGCUCCUGGGCGCGGAGAAGGAGGGGAUCGACGCCGAGCUGCUCCCGCUGCUCGACGCGUGCGUGGAGAUCCCACAGGAUGGCCAAAUCCGCUCCCUAAACGUGCACGUGUCGGGGUCGCUGGUCAUCUGGGAGUACACCCGGCAGAUGAGGCAACGCAAGUCAGACUCGCGAUCCUGA